GUCUGCUAAACAACCUUGUAUCUAAGAAGAUAGUGUGAAAUAAAAUCCUAUCACAACAACUAAAUUUAUCCAGUAAUUUUUAGAGAAUUAAUAUUGAGCCCUCUACACCUAUACGUGUGGGGCUUUUAAAUUGUUGAGAGAGAUUGUGUAUGCAAAAAUACGAAUCGGUAUCGGUUAAAUCUGAGUUAAUUCAAAAUGGUUUUUGGAAUUGUGUUAGUAUUAGUUCCAGUUGUUGUUGUUCUAGGUCUAGUCAGAAAGUAUAGAGAAUCCAGUUGGGGAAAAUGCAAGGAUUUCGAAUCUUUACAGGGUAGAGUUUUUAUAGUUACUGGGGCUAAUUCUGGCCUUGGAAAGGAAACUGUGAAAGGAUUGGCAACCAGAAAGGCUAGAAUUAUCAUGGCCUGUAGAGAUAUGGAUAGAGCUAAAGCAACGAUUGAGGACAUCAGAAAAGUAGUUACAACUGGAGAGUUGAUUCCCAUGGAAGUUGAUUUGACAUCCCUAAAGUCAGUUAAACUGUUUGCUGAAGAAGUCCUGAAGGACUUCCCUCAAAUACAUGCCCUAAUCAAUAACGCAGGAGUGAGCAUUCCCGUCACGAAGCAGCAGAAAACUCAAGACGGAUUUGAAAUUCACUUUGGAGUCAAUCAUCUUAGCCAUUUCUUGUUGACCAAUCUCCUCCUGGAUAGGUUGAAAAAGUCAGCACCAAGCCGAGUUGUGAUCGUGUCGUCCACCUUGCACCAGAACGGAGUGAUUGACUUUGACAACCUGAAUGGUGAGAAGGGUUUCACUGGCAAGGUGAGGAACCCCGGUUACUGCAACAGUAAACUCGCCAACGUCUACCACUGCGAGGAACUGGCCCGCCGCACAACGGGUACAGGUGUGGACGUGUUUGCCGUCUGCCCAGGCUUCUGCUACACUCGACUGUUCCGUCACUCGGACAUUCGGUGGUAUCAGUACGUCAUAUUUCUGCCCAUCGCAUUUUUCUUCAUGCGCUCUGCCACACAGGUCUGUCUCUAAUUAUUACUUUACUUU